AUGUCCAGGACAAAACGAAAGGGUAUUAGAUCUUCUAGUCACCCAAACACUCAUCAAACCACUUCAAUGACCUACUUUACAACUCACAGGGUCAAUAUUUGCAGCUUAAAUUCUCUGCUCAUUCGAAAAGUCCUCCAUAACUCCUACAUCAUACAAUCUCACACCUCAUUACCUCCUAUUCCUAUCUCAUGUGUUCCACCCUACUUUCAUCUAUUCUUUUACCCCAUGUACUCUCCAGCUGAAACUCCCAUCAUCUUAUACCUUCCCCCAUACCGCCUCCACCUACCAUCCCCCCCUGCUCUGUAUCCUAACUACCUUUCCUAA